AUGCCUACUACACUCACCCACCCACCGAUGCAAGAAGUGCAGCAUGGGCCCGAAAAUGGUGCCCCCAAGGUGCGAUCGCCUUGUCAACACUGUUUGGAUCUUAACCAGCAGAACUUUCGAGACAAAGGCUACGACAGCAUUAGGCCACUCUCAUACACUGCGUACCAAGUGAUGACCGCCGACCGUAUCGAUUGCCCAUACUGCCAACUUCUCGCCAACGGGAUGCGGGCAUUUGACGAUAUCAACGCUCUCACUGGCAGGCCCUGGGAGCUGAAGGCGUCGUUUGGCCUGCUCUUGAAAGGCAAUGACAAUGGAAAAGUCCAACAGCUAGAGUUCUACGUGACGCCCGAAGAAGAAAGAUCGCCAAUCCUUCCCAGCGCCAUCUCCUCGGCGAAACACGUCCUUCCCAUCUGGGACGAUCCACAUGAGAUUGAAAUCCUAAGAGGACGGUUGGUGAAGGACCCACCUCGGCCGGCGAGAUUACCGACACGAGUCCUCGACCUGGGCGUCGGCAAGGACGACCUUGAUGAUGUUCGGAUUCUCGAGAGGCCUGCCGUAGUCACGGAGGCAAUCUAUGCCGCGCUGAGCCACUGCUGGCUACGAGAAGACGUCGCGGACACCAAAACUACACUCGGCAAUGUGGCGGAUCGGCGGGUGAGGUUGCCGCUGCACGGUCUCCCUGCCACUUUCAAACAGGCGAUAUCCGCCUGCCGCCGGAUCGGCGUCCAAUACCUGUGGAUUGACUCCCUCUGCAUCGUCCAGAACGACCGUGAUGACUGGAAGCGGGAAGCCGCAGAUAUGAACAAUGUCUACGCAAAUGCGUGGUUCGCCAUGGCAAUGCACCAGUCGGCACUUGGGCAGAUGCCCUUUGAGGACGUGCCGCUCACAGUGGAUGGCGAGUCGACUAUUGUGCAUGUCAGGCGCAUCCCUGAGCUCCUAGACAUCGUCGAGGGCCGAGCUGCGGCACCGGCAGUCGGGAAGGUGUACGAAGUGGCCGAUAACGAACACUGGAAUGCGGUGUCGCAACGGGGUUGGUGCUAUCAGGAGCGCGCUCUCUCGCAACGCAUGGUACACUUCACCGACCACGAGUACCUGUAUGAGGAGAGGGGAAGCGUGGGACGGUGCCAGUGUAACCGGCACUUUGGGUUCGGGCUUGGAUUCGCAGGAUCGCUGUCGCGAUGGUCGGCCAGGGAGGACGACAUACACCGCGCGUGGCGCACUCUGGUCCAGCAGUACACGCAGCGCAUGUUUGGGCGGCGGUCCGACCUCCUGCCGGGAUUCGCCGGCGUCGCCCGUGGGUUUGGUGCGAGGCGCGAUCUUGGUUGCUACGUCGCCGGGCUGUGGGAAAAGGACCUCGUCAAGUGGCUGUGCUGGAAGAGCCAGGAAUGGAUAUCCACGCACGCCAGCACAUGGGCAUGCGAGAACUGCCGACCACAUCCCCGACGCAUUGCGUGGACGACGGAAAACCCGAUCCCGAGCUUUUCAUGGGCAUCCCGUUUCGGCCCUUGCGAGUUUGUGUACGAGUCAUGGAAGCUCAACGACUGCGUCCAGGUGGCGGCGAUCGAACGCAUCGAGUGUCUGAUGGACGAGGACAACCCGUUUCUCAAGGUGCGGCAGCUGACCCCGGAACGGUGGCCGGACGAUCCUUGUGCCAGGUAUCUGCGUAUCCACGGCUCCUUGUACCAAUGCCUGCACUUUUCGACACGUCAGCGCGGGCACGCGUUCAACGUGAGCAUGUCGCUGUGCCAGAAGGAGUACGCGUGGGCGGUGCCCGACCACUUCGUGGCGAGGUGGGAUCUCGGGCGGGAUGCCAAAGACAUCCUGAACGACGCCCGGAAGCACGGCAAAGAAUACUGCAUCGACGCCGGGGACGACCUGCCCCUGGAUAACUCGCGGAUCUACCUGCUCCCUCUGUUCGAGUUCCCCCAAGACGGGGGAAAGUUGUGCCUGAUUUUGCGGCCCUGCGUGCAGAAGAUCACGCAGGAGGUGUUGGACACGGUGGAAGGGUGGGACCACCCGCACUGGAUGGAGAGGAUUGGCAUCUCGGUUUUCAACGGUUCCCAGUUCGACCAUAUAAACGAGAUGCCGCACCAAGUGAUUCACCUAAUGUGA